AUUAAGCUAUUGACCUAGUCAGAUGCAAUUCUAUUUCUACGAUUUCUCAUCUUUAGUCAUUUUUGGCAAGGUAAAGAACACAGACAAGAAAACAGACAAGAAGGGUGGUAUUCAACGAUCAAGUUCACUUGCCUGUUGCAAUUGAGGUUGUCCUGUUUCGUCGUGUUUCUGUGAUAGUGUAUGUGUUUUUUUCUUUCUUCGAGCCAUCUUGUGUGACCAAUCAACAGACAAUUGAGAUGAGUUUCUUAGGUAAUGUGGUUUCGGGGGUUUUGACUCGCCUUUUCAGACGGAAGUCGAUGGCUCGUGAAUCGCUCGAGCUCAACACCAGUCAAUUAGCUCGAGUUCUCACUGUUUGGGACUUGACGGCCCUAGGAGUCGGCAGUACUCUAGGUAUUGGAAUUUACGUGUUGGCUGGAACCGUGGCCAAAACUCAAGCUGGUCCUGCUGUUAUUCUUUCAUUUUUUGUCGCUGCCAUAGCUUCGCUCUUAGCUGGAUUGUGUUUCGCCGAGUUUGGAGCUCGCGUUCCCAGUUGCGGAUCGGCUUACGUCUAUUGUUACGUCACGCUAGGCGAGGGACUGGCUUUCUUAAUGGGCUGGAAUCUGAUAUUGGAAUUCGUAUUGAGUACGAGCAGUGUAGCUCGCGGCUAUAGUGGAUACGUUGAUCAACUGUUAGGGAAUCCGAUGCGGAACUAUUUCCGAGAAAAUCUCAGCAUGGGGGUCGAGUUCUUGGCUACUUACCCAGAUCUAUUCGCAUUCGGACUAGUGCUCACCUUGACAGCCAUUUUGACUUUGGGAGUCAAGGAGUCUACCCGUUUCAACAACAUUUUCACACUCUGCAACUUGUGCAUUGUCUCCUAUGUCAUCGUCUGUGGCUGUUUUAAAGUGGAUUUUCAUAACUGGCAAAUCCGGCCGGAAGAAAUUAUAGACCCCAAUGUUCGAGAGAAAGCUGGAUCUGGCGGCUUUUUACCCUUUGGAUUCAAAGGGAUUAUUGCUGGCGCUGCGACUUGUUUCUUUGGAUUCCAAGGAUUCGAUACAAUUGCCACAGCUAGUGAAGAAGCUCAGAAUCCAAGGAAAACCAUUCCACUGGCCAUUUGCAUGUGUUUGGGAAUAGUUUUUGUCGCAUACUCUGCAAUGGCUGCUGUCUUAACGCUCAUCUGGCCUUAUUACCUUCAAGAUGUUGACACUCCGAUCCCUUACGCUUUUGAACAACUUGGAUGGCCCGUUGCCCGUUGGGUAGUGAGCAUUGGAACACUCUUUGGUCUUUCUACCAGUUUGGUUGGCGCACUAUUCCCACUGCCACGCAUCGUCUACGCUAUGGCAGAGGAUGGACUCCUGUUUAAAGCGCUUGCACGAAUUAACUUUAAAACUCUGACUCCUACGAUCGCGACCGUUGUUUCUGGAACAGCUGCAGCCUUGUUUGCCUGCCUAUUUAAUUUGCAAGAUCUAGUGGACUUGAUGGCACUUGCUACUCUGUUCGCUUUUGCCUUAGUAGCCGCCUGCAUUAUUGUUUUACGCUAUCAGCCAGAAGAGAAUAUGACAACAGCAUCUGAGAGUGGCGAAGUGACUGGACUGUUGGCCGGAGUCGUCCAGAAUCAAAUUCGUUAUGUCUCCGACUCUUCAGUUGAAAGCCAAACUAUAUUGCGGCAAUUUUUUGUCCAGCGCGGCCGCCUACCAACAGGAUCUAGUGGCAAGGCAGCUUCUUGGCUCACUGUCAUUUAUGUGCUGGUUGCAUUGGCACUUAGUUUGAGCCUUUCUUACACGGCUGACAGCCUUGUGGAGAAGGAAACGUGGGCUGUAGCUUUAGUUGGAAGUUUGACAGCUAUUUUAAUUCUAUUACUAGUGGCCAUCCACCGACUGCCACAAUCACCACAGCAGCUAGCAUUCAAAGUACCUUUAGUUCCAUUACUGCCAGCGUUGAGUAUUUUUAUCAACGCCUACCUCAUGGUUAAUAUGAGGAUGGUUACGUGGGUUCAGUAUUCAAUUUACAUGGCCAUAGGCAAGUUGAAAAGAAAAAUCAACAGUAUUUGUAUUGGACUCAAACAGUAAUUUUUCACUUCUUUUGUCUUGUCAGGCUUGUCUGUAUACAUUGUUUACGGCUGGCGGAACAGCAAGGAAGAAAAACGGAUGCAGGGGAAAUAUGAUGUUAACUAUGACGUCAAAUAAGAUCAAGAUCCCAUUGUAAAUUUGCUUUUCACCCGUGGAUUACUUCGUGAUGUUUCUGAAUCGUUUUCUUUACUUAUUUGCUCAAAAUUUCAAUCACAUCCUGAACAUGUUGCGGAAAUCACUGACUUUCAUCGAUUUUUUCUCGCUCCGCCGAAUAUCAACUCUGCGUCUGGAACACCUUUGGGAUGUUGGAAUCGACCGCGACGAUCGCGAUUGACAUUGUGCACAGCCGGGCGAUUUGCCUAUAAAACAAAUGUUGUGUUGUAACUCCUUACUCGUGUCAAAAGAUAUAUUCUGAUAAAUAAAUUGAGAACUCCCGGUUCGCUAAUCAACUUA